UGGGGGUCUCCUUUAGUUGGUUUUUGGUCUUUGAAGACUCGAUCUUUGUCUUCAUUCUCUUCUUCGGCCUCUCUUUUUGAGCACUUUAACCUUCUCCGACUCAGCAGUUGAUUUUUCUCCUCUUCUCCUCCAUUUCUUUCUCUAUCUCAUGGGAUCUCUCAAUCUUUCUCACCGGUAGACGACCGGAUAGCGAGGAAAGGGAAAAAUCGCGGAAACUAGAGAAAAUGAUCGAGGGUUUUUGUGGGAAUUCUUCUUUCUGAUUUGUCUCUUGCCUCCUAUUGGGAAAAGGUUACGGACCCAUUAGUUUCCUCUCAGCCUUUAACUCUCUGAGAAGCUUUCGAUCUCCCACGCUAGCUCUUUUUUGUUUGUUGAUUUGUUUAUAGUUACUGCAUAACCACAACAAUAGAAAGUCAAUCUACUGACAAUAAGAACAAUUUGGUCUUGAUUUCUGAUGCUGAAGAAAUAAGUGGGCUUUGAGGUUUUGCUUCUCAAAGAGGAACAUGUUGGAAGGAGGUCCGAAAUUUCCUGGAAUUAUUGGCCUAAACAAUCAUGAUAACACUUAUCAUGAUUUAUCACAAGGAUUCUAUCAUAAACUUGGUGAGCAUUCCAAUAUGUCAAUUGACAGUUAUGAUAGCUUGCAAACAAGCAAUGGUGGAGGGUCUGUUGCAAUGUCCAUAGAAAGUAUUGGGUCAAAUGAUUCCCACACUCGCAUUUUGAAUCACCAAGGACUGCGGCGGCAUGCUAAUGACAAUUACUCUGUUCAACAAAGUGUUAACCGUAGAGGAAGAGUCCCACAUGCAUUGAAUGAUGAUGCAUUGGCCCAUGCACUAAUGGAUAGCAGUUCCCCAACAGAGGGCCUUGAGAAUUUUGAUGAGUGGACCAUUGAUUUGCGGAAGCUUAAUAUGGGUGAAGCUUUUGCACAAGGGGCUUUUGGGAAACUCUACAGAGGAACUUACAAUGGUGAGGAUGUUGCCAUCAAAAUCUUGGAGAGGCCAGAAAAUGACCAAGAAAGGGCAAAGUUGAUGGAGCAACAAUUUCAGCAGGAAGUUAUAAUGCUGGCCACAUUAAAGCAUCCCAACAUUGUUAGAUUUAUUGGUGCUUGUAGGAAACCAAUGGUGUGGUGCAUAGUUACAGAAUAUGCAAAAGGAGGUUCAGUGCGUCAGUUUUUAAUGAGGCGUCAGAACAGGGCAGUGCCACUGAAAUUGGCGGUGAAGCAGGCCUUGGAUGUUGCAAGAGGAAUGGCAUAUGUUCAUGGGCUUGGUUUGAUUCAUAGGGAUUUAAAAUCUGACAAUCUUUUGAUUUUUGGUGAUAAAUCCAUAAAGAUUGCGGAUUUUGGGGUUGCUCGCAUUGAGGUGCAGACCGAAGGAAUGACACCAGAGACAGGAACAUACCGCUGGAUGGCACCGGAGAUGAUCCAGCACAGGCCCUACACGCAAAAGGUGGAUGUCUAUAGCUUUGGGAUUGUUUUGUGGGAACUCAUCACAGGAAUGCUUCCUUUCCAGAAUAUGACAGCAGUGCAGGCUGCAUUUGCAGUCGUGAACAAGGGUGUCCGUCCUGUCAUUCCCAAUGAUUGCUUGCCUGCUCUUGGUGAGAUUAUGACCCGUUGCUGGGAUGCAAACCCUGAUGUUAGGCCGCCUUUCAUUGAAGUUGUGCAAAUGCUCGAGAAUGCAGAGACCGAGAUCUUGACCAGUGUCCGCAAGGCUCGUUUCAGAUGUUGCAUGACCUUGCCAAUGACACUGGACUGAAUUCCAGAAGGUGAAAGAAAUAUAAUAAUAAUAAUAGGACAUAAGAUAGAGAGAAAAAGAAAAUGGAAAAGUAUUGUGUAUUUAUCGGGUUUAAUCUUGGUCUAAAAAUAGAGAAGGAAAAAAAAAUGAAGAUAUGAUAAGAAGAGUUAAUUCAUGGUUUAGUUGCUUCUCCGUUUUCCACGUCUUCUUCAAGUCUCUCCUGAUAUCUCUCAUAGGUUCUCUUUCUCUUCCUCGUAUGUAUGAUAGUUUAUGCACGUUAUUGAUUGUACUUGAUUCUUGGUUACUUCCUUGUCAUCACUGUUGAUUGAAUGCUAAAUUACUACAACUUGUUUGAGGUUUAACCAAAUAAUGUAUAUAUGUUUGUCAUUGUUGUUGUUUUAAA